UUCCUUCGUUCCAAGAAGCGACCCCCGCGAGACCCGAAUCACAGCGCCAAGGUUUCGUCUCUUCUUUGAAGCCGAGAAGAGAUUGAAUUCUAGGGUUUAGGGUUUCUUGAUCUCCAUGGCGAGGGUCAGGGCUUCGUCAUCGUCGUCUUCCAGCCGGUGGCGGUACCUCCGACCAUCGUAUUACUUGAAGAGACCGAAGCGCUUGGCUCUCGUGUUCAUUUCGUUUGUAUUGCUCUCCCUCGCCUUCUGGGAUCGUGUUUCUCUUAUCCGUGAUCAUGAGGCGGAGGUUGCCAAAUUGAGUGAUGAAUUGAAUCAAUUGAAAGAUAAGUUGCGGAACCUGGAGCAAUUGGAGAUUGCAGAUGAAGUCAGAUCUGUCAGUGGGGAAAAGUCUGAUAUUGAUGCCUUAGAUCCUAUUGAUAAAGAAAGAAGAGAGAAAGUGAAAGAGGCUAUGCUGCAUGCCUGGAAUUCUUACGAGAAGUAUGCUUGGGGACAAGAUGAACUUCAGCCUCAAUCGAAGAGUGGUAUAAAUAGUUUUGGUGGUCUUGGAGCAACUCUUGUUGACUCUCUGGAUACAUUAUACAUAAUGGGCCUACAUGACCAAUUUCAGAAGGCUAAAGAGUGGGUUGCAAACUCGUUAGAUUUCAAUAAGGAUUAUGAAGCCAGUGUUUUUGAGACAACCAUAAGAGUUGUUGGUGGACUUCUUAGUGCUUAUGAUCUAUCUGGCGAUAGAGUAUUUCUAGAAAAGGCUAAAGACAUUGCAGAUAGGUUACUGCCUGCAUGGAAUACACCUUCAGGAAUUCCUUUCAACAGAAUUAAUUUGGCUCAUGGAAAUCCUCAUAAUUUUGGAUGGACAGGGGGUUCCAGCAUCCUAGCAGAUUCCGGCACUGAGCAGCUUGAGUUUAUAGCUUUAUCUCAGCGAACUGGGGAACCAAAAUACCAACAGAAGGUGGAGAAUGUAAUUACACAGCUCCAAAAGACAUAUCCUGAUGACGGGUUACUUCCAAUCUACAUAAAUCCUCAUUCAGGCACACCAUCACAUUCCACGAUAACAUUUGGGGCCAUGGGAGACAGUUUCUAUGAAUAUUUGCUUAAAGCCUGGAUACAAGGGAAUAAAAGUGAAAGUGUCAAGCAUUACAGAGAAAUGUGGGAGAAGUCAAUGGAAGGCCUGUUGAGCCUUGUCCAGAAAACUACACCAUCAUCAUUCACAUAUUUAUGUGAGAAAAAUGGUGCUUCAUUGUCCCAUAAGAUGGAUGAACUUGCAUGCUUUGUCCCCGGCAUGCUUGCAUUAGGAUCUUUUGGUUAUGGUCCCGAGAAAGCUGAAAAGUUUUUAGAGCUUUCAAAAGAGCUGGCAUGGACCUGUUACAAUUUCUACCAAUCGACUCCAACAAAAUUAGCAGGAGAGAACUAUUAUUUCAGCAAUGGACAGGACAUGAAUGUUGGCACAUCAUGGAAUAUACUGAGACCAGAGACAGUUGAGUCACUCAUGUAUCUUUGGCGUUUCACCGGCAACAAGACAUACCAAGACUGGGGUUGGAACAUAUUCCAAGCAUUCGAAAAGAACUCCCGCAUCGAUUCCGGUUAUGUUGGAUUAAGAGAUGUAAAUACUGGCGUAAAAGACGACAUGAUGCAAAGCUUUUUCCUCGCCGAGACACUCAAGUAUCUAUAUCUCUUGUUCUCGCCACCAUCCUACAUCUCCUUCGACGAGUGGGUUUUUAACACUGAAGCUCAUCCUUUAAGGAUUGUUCCUCAAAACAAUCAAACCAAUGGAACGAAAGGAUCGGACGGGAAGGCUGUACCAAGGCCCCCGGUUAGGUUUUCCGGCGGCAGGAAGGAAGGAAGAUGGGCUCAUUAGUCCUUUUAACUCCAAAAAAUUUUCAUAGGCAGACUAUGUUCUACUGAGUAGAGAUUGCUAGUCACAUCUUUGAACUCCUGAGGGAUUUUUUAUCAUGUUAGUUUAUGUUUUUCUUUUUAUUAUUACUUUAUGGGCUCACAAAUGAGAUUAGGGUUUUGUUGUAGCCCUAUUUGUGUAUGAAUUAUUCAUCAUGCAGGUUACUGUAGCUACAUUAUCAAAUUCUCUGCAACAUUUUGAUGUUAUCAUCCAGAGAAUUUGCUGUCCUGAGUUGAUGAAUUGAAAUAAUCAUGAUAUUAUCUGAAUAAUCAAAUGUAACAUUAUUAUUAUUAUUAUUAUUACUAUCA